AUGAUUUACAAAAAUUUUAUUGAAUCUCUACCAAUCAAAUUCUCGAACUUAUUCAGUGAAUUAUUCUGUCAAGAAAUACUACGUCAAAAAACUUUACAGUUGAAUGAACAACAUGUCAAUGAAACUAUGGAUAUUUUUCAGAGGAUAAAAGCGAUAUGCGAAACGAACAAAACAUAUAAAAUGGAAGAAAAAAGAAUCGCAAUUAAGCUUAAGGCUAAAUUAAGUGAAGCGUCAAUGAAAGAAUAUUUAUUAAAUGAAUUUAAACAUUAUUAUACAAAUCAAAGAAAACAUUCUAAGGACAGGUUGGAAAAUAUGAAGAACGACUACAAAUUAUGGAAUAAUUCGUUGAAAGUACUUGGUUAUCAUGUUUACAAUCAAAUAUCAAAUGUUCAAAAAUCAAAUAUAUCAAAUUUAGCUGUUAUAUGUUUUAAAUUACAACAAACUGUUGAAAUAUGGGGAUUUAUUGGUACUUGGUUAAUAGAAUUAUUCAAACUAUAUGAUAUAACAAUUCUAAAUCAAAUUGAUAAGAUCAUAUGGAAUGAUUGGUAUAUACAUUUUGAAUCGGUAGAAAAAGAUCUUUAUAUUCAUGAUCAAGAAUGUAAACAACAUUUACAAAAACUAGAUUCUAUGUUAAAGAAUCUAGAUAUAUACUUUAAACCUCACAGAUUGAUGGAUACACAGAACUGUUUGAACGAUCUAUUAGACUUACUGUCAAAUUUAUUAAAAGUCAGCAAUCAGUGUCUAGAUUUAUUCAAUGGAGAGCGUAUAUUAAAUAUUGAAGAAAAACUUAUAACAAUUGAACACAUUCAAAAUGGUUGGUUUGAAUUGUUUUAUCAGUCAUCUCAUUGUGAUGAAUUAAUACUUGAGGACUCUAAAAAUUAUGAAAAAGAUAUAACGAUACAAUUACAAAAAGAGCUUACAAAUAUGAUCUCUUAUCGUCGAAUUCAAUUACAUGGUGACAAUGGAAUGAUACAAUUUUUAACUAAACUUAUUCAAAAUAUUAAAGAUUUUACUCGAUUUAUUCAAUUGAAUACUGAAAACUAUGUAAAUAAAGAAAAUUCAAAAACCUAUUCAUCUUUACGAUUAAAUAAUCAAAGUAAAAUUACUACUGAUGAAGUAGAAUUACACUGUAAAAUGUUUUGCCAACAAUAUGAUUAUUGGAUGAAAUGUAUUAGAAAUAUACUGAAUUAUAAAUGGCAAAUAUAUGACAAUGAAUUACCAUCAAAACAAAUUAAUAUACCUCAUUCAAUAGAUGAAAUAUGUACAGUUUCAUUUGAUGAAUGGAAUCAAAUGAAUAAUAAUAAUAAAAGUAAAAGUUUAUUUAAAUGUCAACAAAAUUUAAUAAAAUGGUUUGAAUUAAUAAAGAACAGAGUGAAUAGUAUUAGUGAAAUGAGAAUUGAACAAAUACUAUUAGAACAAAUUAAUAUAAUACAACAAUUGAAUAUACAAAUUACAAAUAUCAAUACUAAAGAUAUAAGUGAUCAACAAAAUUUACCCAGUGGGAAUAAAUCAAGUUUACAAAAUGAUCAAUUCAACAACCAAAAUCCUAAAUUGAAAAAGAAUAAUUUCUAUGAAUUAACAAAAUCAUUGUUUAAAUUAGGUUCACGAGUGAUUAAACAUUUAGAUCAAAAAAAUAUUUGUAUUUCUUAUGAUCACCAAACAAUCUUAUCUCGACUGAAUUUUUUCAAAUUAUAUGCGGAAAGAUGGAUUGAUUACUUGAAUAAAAUAGAAACUUUUAAUGCUACACAACCAUUUAAAAAUGUGAAGGAUUAUUUAAAUGUUCAUACAGAAUCUAGAAAACUUAUAGACGUAAACAAUCGGAGUAUUAUACGAUAUAUACAAUCAACAGAUGGAACUAUAAGAGAAAAUUUAUUAGCUAAUAUAGUUGAUAAACAAUCAGUUCAGAAUAAUGAGGAUACAGAAUUGAUUAUUCAAUUAUUAAAUCAUUAUUUCAUAGAUACAAAAUUAGCAUAUUUAACUUUAUUAAAACAAAAUGAACAUUGUCAAUUACUUUCUAAAAUGGAAAGUAAAACAAUAAUAGAAUUUGAUCAAGAAACAACCAUUGUAGAACAACAAUGGAUACAGUUAUGUAAUACUGUUGAAUGUUUACAAUAUCAAUUUAAUAUAAAACAAAAUGAAUUAAAACAAUUAAAUGAUAUAUUACAAAUAAAAAUGGAAGUAUUAAAUGAAUAAGAAAAACUUAUUCUUAAAUGAUUAAACAAUUGAUUACGAUUAUAUUAAAUAGUGAAUAUACUACUUAAUAAAUUUUAUACUACUUAUUUAUUUAUUUAUUUAUUUAAAUACAUAAACAUUCAUACAAGGAGGCACCAAAUAGAUAUGUACCACAUAAAUUAUUCAAUUUGUCUGAGGGCAGUGAAUUUGUCCGGAUGCCUGGAUUGAACCAGAUGGUUCCUAUAAGGAGCCACAGAAGAAGCUUUUGAUCCACAAAAAUGUGGUACAACGUCAGGAAAUGCAUUCGCAUGGUAACCGGUGACCAAUAAUUGUUUCAUAUGGCGUUUGUUUCCUUAGAAUUCUCGAGCCUAUGUAAACCAUUGGUUUGGAAUGAGGAUUUUCCAACUCCUCUAGUUGGAUCCUCCAUAUCUACCAAUCCGUUUAGAGCAGAGGAUAUUUGCUUUUCGUCUCUUAUCAAUUUCGUAAAUAAUAGCAAUGUCACGAAAAGGCAGUGAGUAGGAUUUCCAUUGCUGUGGCUGUAUAUGCAUGGCCAUGUGAGAGCAUUUGGAGAGCGAGUACUGACUCUCUUCACUCUCAGCCGUACCAAGGCAUUCGGGAGCACGUUAAAAGUAAUACUGACAAACGAAGUCAAUAUAUUAUAUCUUGAAUACUAUUUCAACAUUAUUGCAUGUAUCUAACUAAGUGUUAAUUCUUUUAUCGUUUUGAUAGCUGAAGUAAACUAUUAUCUCGGUUUUAGAUGGAUUUUUAUUCAGUCUUAUUAACCUUGAUUUCAAAAUAGAAUUUCUUGAUUAUGAUAACUUUAAGUCUAUACCACUCAUGGUUCUUUAUUUAUCUUGCUAUUGUCACUCGCUACAACUCAUGAAUUUCAUGUGAAAAUUUUGUCAAGCUAUGAGCAGGAU